ACUUAGAGGAGCGUGUUUCUGCUAGAGCCAUCAGAGUGAAGAAAGAGGAUUCUCCGGAGGUGAGAGAACUUUCUAUCUAUGUGAGCUUUUAGUUUGAACCUUGAGGAGCUUUGUUUCUUUCAGACGGGAACACCAGAGUCGUCUGACUCUUAAAGGGAGAGACUUUGGUCAGGAUUGGUGAUAGUCUGAAGUAGGGCUGGGCAAAACAUCAAGCUCUUGACACAGGACACACGCUAUGCAGAGAAGAGGCCAAGACUGGAGUCCAGACCUGCUGGGGGCCAAAUAAACCUCAACACCAAGCCUCCUGAAGAGUGGCCCACCAGAAAGAGACAGAAGACGAUCCUGAGCAGGACUACAUCCUUGCCCUGCCUCCUCAUGUGCCUUAAGGUGGGGCGAAGAACAUCUCGUCACCAGGGUCCACGCACUCUUUGACAAAGGGAUGGCGCUGCGAAGGACGCUGCUGCUUGGCUUGGUGACCGCCAUUGGCCUCAUGUUUUUCUACAUCCUGUGCGUGAACCUGGAGGGGCCUCCAACCUGGUCUACAGUGCCCCUGAAAAACUUCCAGUUUUUCUCCCUGGGAGUAACCAGUGACUCACGAGGCGCUGAGGAGCCUCUUCUCAGAGACGGUGACCGGCUGACUUAUCCGCCCCCCUCCUCCAACUCUAACCUCACAGAUCAGCAUGAGAACACACGUGCAGAACGGAUUCCAACACCCCUAAACACUGAGCACAAACAAGCAGAAACCAACGCUCUGGAGGUCCCCAAGUCCAGUUCUGAUGAUGGCUCGGACAAAACCAGAACCAGGAUCAGUACCAAAGCCCCUGCAGUGAAGCUUCAGCAGCCCACAGAGGCAGUCAGGUCAAAAGAGCCUCCCCAUAUCGGAGACACCUACAUGAGUGAUGACAUCCCACCACAAACAGACUGCCCAGAUGGUAUCAGAAGUCAUGUCUCCGACACUGUAUUUGGGGCUCGGUUUCUGAAAAACAUUCCAGUCCUGCAGCGGGUCAAACACGCCACUUCUGAGCAGCACCAACGCCUGAGCCAUUACCCGGGAGCCCACGGCUGGAGCAACAUCGAUCACAUGACGCUGUUGGAAACUCUUGCUGCCCUUAACUCUUCUGCUAACUGGGGGAUGUUUGACGACUGGAGGGAUCGCAGCGAUAAAUCAGAGUGUAUUCGCUGUGCCGUGGUGGGGAACGGUGGGAUCCUGAAAGACUCAAAGAAAGGCGAAGAGAUCGACAGUCACCACUAUGUUUUCAGGACCAACGGGGCGAUAACUAAGGGUUUUGAGCAGGAUGUAGGGACUCGGACCACCCACUACACCUUCUCCACCAACACACUGAUGAACUCCUUCAGGAGCUACAAAGGUCUUGGCUAUAAAGGACCCCCUCAGUCAAAGGAAACACGGUACGUUUUCCUGCCAGAUCAUGACCGGGAUUACCUGAUGGUGAAGGCUGCAGCAACACAUACUCUGGUGGAGAGAGGGAAAGAGCAGGGAAAAGAUCCGACCCAAUACUUUGGAAAGGAUGUGUCAGCAGAGAAGCUGAAGCUGUAUCACCCUGAUUUCAUUCGCUACAUCAGAAACAGGUUCCUUCAUUCUAAAACUCUGGAUGGCAGAUACAAGAACCUUUACCGUCCCUCUACAGGAGCUGUAAUGCUGCUAGCUGCACUGCACACCUGUGACAAGGUCAGUGCGUAUGGCUUCAUUACUCCAGACUUCAGGAAGUACUCUUGCCACUACUACGACAGGGUCUUCAGCCCGCUGGUCUUCUACGCCAACCAUGACCUGAAGCUGGAGAUGAUCCUCUGGCAGCAGCUGCAUCAGGCAGGACUCAUAAAACUCUACAUGCACGAGUGAGUGACCAAGGAUGAUGACACGGGAGCCACGCAUGUUUAGCAUGGUAACAGGGAAUCCAAAAAUAACAGCCCUACCUACCCUGUCUCCAAAUGACUCUUCAUGACUCUCAGAAAUGAGCGGAACAAAAAAGAGGAAUUUAUUUCCAUGAAGGAAACAAGGGCUGUGUUUUUCUAACUGACUUCAGCUGUGGUUGGCAACGAUGGAGACUUAGUUCCACAUAUCAAAAAUGUAAAAACCCUUAUGAAAAAAACCUUUAUGAAUCCUGGAACCAUAUCCUGGUGGUCUGCAGGUCAAAGAGGUUAAACAAGACCAGUGUGAUUGAGAUUCUGAUCUUUGUUCUAACAUCAAAAAACACUACCAUGUAAUGCAAGCAAAAGUUAUGCUAUUCAAGUGCAGCUAGCAUUCUGUCAUGUAUUUUUGUUUGUCAAUAGCUGCCCUGCAUACCAAUGUCUGCCUCUUUAUAAGAUUUUCUUUCAAUGACACAUUUAGAUUUUCACAGGAAUAAUGCAUGACACUUAAUGAGAGAGAGUGCUGUCAGAUGGGGCCCCCUUAGGGGGGUUUCUGACUGUCACUGCAAAAUUUGCACAUUUUUAACCUCCCCUGCAGCUCAAAAGUUCUCUUGGCCCUAAGGGGCCUCCUACAGGCCUUAAGCCCUGAGCUACGUCUGCCUUGCCUGUUUAUAAGCAACACCUCAGUUAAAACCUCAAAUCUGCCUGAAAAUAGCACAAAGAUAUCAAAGCUGAAGUUUCCCUGUUUUGUCUCACUUUGCUAAGCAAGCACUAUCAGUAUUGAUAACAUUAACUUUUGAUCAAAAUCAGCCUGGCCCUCUGACCUCCAAAUCACCAUAACUGCUGUUUACUGGGAUGCCUUUAGAGCGGAUCAUACAAUCAGUCAAGGUGGAGUUUCUUUUGGUGUGCUGUAAAGGGACAAAAGUUCAAUUGCCCCCUGCUUAAAAUAUCCCGUCUCCUGCUCUAAAUAGAUGUCAGAGCACUGCAGGCAGUGGCCAAAGACGUUUACUCACAUUCUGUGCUCGCUCUGUCUUUGGGGAAGUUUACUGUGGGAGGCGACAAGCCCCACCAUGUGACGAUCAAUUAAAUGUAGUGUUUAGUUUAAGGGACUUAACUUAUUCUGUUUUUUAUUUUUUUAAGCACACAAGUGUACUUUAUUUUGAAAGGGUGUCACGCCGUGAUGAUUACAGCACUGUGGCUUUCAGUGCCUUUUUAAAUGUGAAUCAGUGGUUUGGAUGAAGCAUUGUGACUCAGGUGGGAGUUUCUGAGGUGAUUCAGGAAGGUUCCACAGCAACACGGACACAUUUGACAAAUCAGUGGCCUUAGCACUCUUAUCUGGAUUUACUGACAUUGACUUAUGGCUCUGUAACCUUCAUUUGAAACACCUGGACUCCUCUGAGCCGUGAUAGUGAAGAAACAGAGUUCACUCAGAUUUAGUAUCACCUGUCAUUCUUAAUGUCGGAUACUAAAUCUCUGUCUGAGAAAUAAGACAAGUUUUACUGUACAGACAACAAACUAUAGAUGUGACGUGGAAGAAAGAAUAAUGUAACCAAAGACACUACAAAUCAGGGAUUACUUGUAUUUAAAUGUCUAUUUUUUACUUUGAAACUAAAUCAAAGAGAUCAAGUCAUCUGUUUUCUAUUUUUACAAAGUGGAGAGGACAAGGAUAAGUGCAAUUUCUUACUAUGAUUUUGACCUUUUUAUAAAAAAAAAUCUGUUGAAAAUAAAACUGUCUUUUUAAAAUCUUAA